GGCCCGCGCUUCAGGGCGGUCUGAAAGAGGACUGUCAUGACCUCGAGCUGCAGAUCAUGCCCCAAACGGCGCCCGGGAAUUGUGACUGAAGUUGCAUGCGCCGCCGGUUCGUGCAGCUCGUCGGGCGCAGGAACCCUUCGUCGAUGUGCAGGCAAGAGAGAUGAAUCCUGGACCAGCGUGGCCCGCGUGCCGUUGCUAGGCGUGAUUCCUUGCCCGAAAGUCGACGUGCAAUAAUCAAGCCUCUGGCCGAUAAAUUGUGUACGCUUGCCAAUCACCGGCACGUCCCUCUCCUUCUCGUCCUCGCAGCAAGCACUCCAGCUCACCCUUCAACUGUCUUCAGUGGCUGCCGCUGAGUUUGCUGCUACCGCUGCCGCUGCCGCUGCCGCUGCACAUCGUCAGGGUGUGUUGUCAUCGAUCCAAUCAUGGCUCCCUCUUCGUUUGCCUCGCUUGUCUCGUCUGUGCUGCUGCUCUCCUCCGCAGUCCUCGCCUCGCCCAUUGAGAAGCUGAACAGACGCCAGUACUCUGUCAAGAGCUUCCACAACGCUCCAAGGAAGUGGCACAGGCAUGGAGCUGCCCCGCCAGACCAUGUCUUGGAAAUGCAAAUUGGUCUGAAGCAGAGCAAGAUUGACGAUCUGCUGCAGCAUCUCAACCAAGUGUCCGACCCCAAGCAUGAACGUUACGGCGACCACCUCUCGGCCGUGGAGGUUCAUGACUUGGUUCGACCGUCCGAUGAGACCGUAGAGCUUGUUACCUCCUGGCUGGUGGAGAAUGGCAUCAGCCCGGACAGCUUGUCGUUCAACCGGGCAGGUGACUGGAUUUCGGUCCAUGUUCCCGUUCACCAGGCCAACAGGCUCCUCAACACCGAAUACUCCAUUUUCGAGCAUGAAGAGAACGGCGCUUGGCUGGUUCGCACUCCUGAAUGGUCCUUGCCCGAGUACCUCCAUUCGCACAUCGACGUCAUUGAGCCAACAAACUCUUUUCUCCGGCCGCUGAGGAAGUCUCCCGAAUCCAAGUCCAGGUUCGAGCAUUAUUCGUCCAUCAAUCACGAGGAUGUCUCAAGCUCUAUUGCCGCCUCUACCCAACCUUCCGGCAGCGGCUCUGGUCCGACAGAAUGCAACACCACACUGGUGACUCCGGGUUGUCUUCGCAGCCUUUACGGUACACUUGACUACAAACCUCAAGCCACCGAUAAGAACAGAAUGUCGCUGGCCAACUAUCUCGGCGAACUCAACAUUCGUUCCGACUUGAAGCUCUAUCUUCAGCAGUUUCGUCCGGAAGCUGUUGCCGCUGCAGACGAAUUCAAACAGGUCUCAAUAAACAACGGCACUCUGUCUCAGACCCUGACUGCUUACGAUAUUGAAAACGACAUCGGCGUAGAGGGCGCCCUUGACGUGCAGACGAUGCUUGGCUGUGCCUGGCCCACCCCUUUGAUCACAUAUAGCACUGGCGGCUCUCAGCCAGGCUUCAAGCCGGACAACUACACACCGACGAACACAAACGAACCAUACCUCGACUGGGUUCAGUACAUGCUCAACCUCGAUGACGACGAGAUCCCAUACGUUGUCAGUACCAGCUACGCCGAUGACGAGCAGACCGUGUCGCCGGACUAUGCUAAGCGCGUGUGUGAGUCCUUCGCGCAGCUCGGAGCCCGUGGCAUCUCGCUCUUCUUUGCUUCAGGUGAUGAUGGUGUUGGACCUGACGGCAACUGCUUCUCCAACGAUCCGCCAUAUGCCAGGAAGUUCUUGCCAGAGUUUCCGUCGUCUUGCCCGUAUGUGACCACCGUCGGUGCGACUUACAAGUUCGAUCCAGAGGUCGCUGCGUAUGACGGUCGUUUCAAGACCCCCUUCGCCAGUGGUGGCGGCUUCAGCGAUCUGUUCCCAGCACCAGAGUACCAGAAGGAAGCCGUUUCGAAGUAUCUGAAAGAGAACAACAACUUCCCUCAGUAUGCCGGUCUGUUUAACCCAGCUGGUCGCGCCUACCCAGAUGUUGCCGCUCAGGGUGUCAACUACAGCGUGGUUUACAACAGCUCGGUCAUUCCCGUCGACGGAACCUCGGCCUCCACACCAGGAUUCUCUUCCGUCAUAGCUCUCGUUAACGACGCGCUCCUUGCCGCUGGAAGGCCUACCAUGGGCUUCCUGAACCCUUGGCUCUACGGCGGAGGCUACGCGGCAUUUAAUGAUGUCACUUCGGGCAGCUCGAUUGGCUGCAACGUGUCAGGCUUUCCCGCAGCAGAAGGCUGGGACGCUGUGACUGGUUUCGGCACGCCAAACUUCCCAAAGAUUCUGGAGAACUUGGGUAUUGGCAAGGGAGGGUAUGGUGGCCAUUACAAAUAAAGGACAAGGCUGAUGGACUUGAACACGGUAAUUGCCUCGUCUGUUCACGAGGCCUACGAGAGCUAGCAUCACAAAGGCAUGUUUUAGUAAAAGAAGAAUAUCAUUCAGGCAUGAAUAUGACGAACUUUUACGCACCAAACUUGUGUAACGGUCCACAUAAGUGCGGGAUUUUCCACACUGGAUGCAACGUUUCCACCAAAACAUUCUCCCUAUUUUGUAUGUCACGACCAUAAGUUCGACAUGAACGGCUUCGUCCC